CAACUGCGUCAACCUCACACUUGACGAUAGUUCCUUUCAUCAAUCACCCAGCUUUACUCCUCUUCUCCCCCCGCCCCGCUUCACCAAUCAAUCCAAACCCUAGAGCAAAUCCCCUCCCUCCCUUGCCGGAAUCGCUCGCAAGCUCCAGGCAGCCCCCACACCAGUCCGCGGCGGAUCAGGGGGCGGGGCGAUCUCUAGCGCCCUCCGGGAUUUGAAGGGUUCCGAGCGUCGGCGAUGUCGUCGUGGGCCGGGCCCGACGAGAUCUUCCUCUCCACGUCCCUGGCCGGCUUCUUGGACAAGAAACUUAUUGUCCUACUACGAGAUGGACGGAAGCUGCUUGGCACACUCUGCUCAUUUGAUCAGUUUGCAAAUGUUGUUCUUCAGGGUGCUUGUGAACGAGUAAUUGUAGGUGAACUAUAUUGUGAUGUUCCUCUUGGUCUAUAUGUGAUCCGGGGAGAGAAUGUCGUAUUAAUCGGAGAAUUGGAUCGUGAGAAGGAUGAACUCCCUGCUCACAUGACUUGUGUUUCAGAGGCUGAAAUAAGAAAGGCCGAGAAAGCAGAAAGGGAAGCGAGAGAUCUGAAAGGUUCAAUGAGGAAGAGGAUGGAGUUCUUAGACUUUGAUUAGAAUGGAUUUGACCAUCUUGAUAGUUGCUGCUCCCACUAUGGCCGCGAGUUUUUAAUGGCAGCCUCUGCUACAUAUGUGGGCUAAUGAAAGCCAGAUUUCGUUGUAUCUCAUGCUGCUUGUUCAGCCAGAAUUCUUCAGGUUGGAGAUUUCAGUAAACAUACUCUUUUACAGCGGUAAUGUACCUGUGUUCUUAAAAUUUCUUCAGAUAUCUUCCUGUCCUCUUGUUGCAUGGAAUUUGUGAAAUUUCCUUCGCCACCAUACCCUCCGUUUUCGCUGUCACAUUGUCCGCUAAAAUCAAUCUUCAACUUGCCAUCUUUGGAUGGAAUGACAGUGCUUGGCAUAUUGGCAUUUGAUGUGUAAACUUAA